AGAGGUGUUCUCCUGUGUAUUCUUUGCUCCUGGGCCUGGGGCAGCCUGUCCGGGAGUUGAGUCCUUUGAGGAUCUGUCCUGAGUGUCCUUUGACGCUGGCUGUGGGCAUCCUCCUGGCUCAGCAUGUCCUUUGGCCUUGGGUUCGGGGGCACCGUGUCCCCGGGGUCUCCGCGCUGCAGUUUUCUGGCGCAUUCUCUGGCUUUGGCACAGUUGUCCCUCGGUCUGAACCCAGCCCUUGCCCUGGGUGCAGGGUAUCCCAUUCCCUGGCUCAGCUGCCUGGCUCCCCACGGUUCCAUUUGUGUCUCCUGGGUGCCACAUCCUCUGGGUUCCUCCCUUGCUCCCGUAGCUUCCAGCAGCACCUUUGGGGCACGAAAACUGAACCCCUGGGCUCAAUUCCUGUCAUGUUGGUGAGCAGUGGCAACAUGUCUGGAGUGUGGAGGACACAGCAUCCCAGUUGUUUGUGUCCCAUCAUGGGGACAGCCCCAACAGGAUCUUUCCCCUGGGUUUUUGGACCACCACCUCUCCUGGGUUUCCUCCUUGGGCCCUGAGUGUUGUGGGUGCUGUGGUUGACUCUGUCUGUGAGGGGCUGGCACUGGCUGCUCCCUGCAGCCCCCUUGGGAAAACAGGGCUCCCAGUUCCCCCAGUAACAAGGGGUGGCUCUGGUUGCUCUUGUAUUCCUGGCUCUGCCCUUUGCUGUGGAGUUGUUUUGUGGUGUCUGAUGCCUUCUCUGGCUCAACAGGAACAUGCUGGGGCUUCACAGACCUCUUGAGUAAUUGAUAAACAGCCUCAUGGGCUGUAUUUUCCAGUGGGGUCUUUCCAGUUCCAUCAUUCCCUGGGAAAAAAGGGCUGGGUUUGGUUCCUGGUUUGGGAGCAGUCUCUUUGUGCAUCCUGCUUUUACAGAGAGGAGGUAUUUGGAUGAUGUGGAAAUGGCUGUGAGGUUUGAGUUUGUAAAUGUGGAUGAUGUUUGGGAGGGUGAAUUACACACUGUGAUCUCCCUCUGGCUCUGAUUUCUGCUUUCCUGACCCACUAGGCUCCUGCAGCCACUUCAAAUACUGAUGGAGUGAAAAAUGAAUAUGUUAUUGCUGGGGCUCAGUGGACUUUUUGUUUCUCCCUUCCUCUAACCAUCCCUUAAAAAUACUUGCUAGCCAAGCUGGGCUGGGGCUGUGCAGGUGUAUACACCUGGGCUACCUUUAAUUUGCAAUAUGCAUGGAAUAAGGGAUGCUGCAGCAGCAGGAAUGCCUGAGAGUGAGAGAUUUCCACCUUAAUCCCUGUUGAUUAGAAUAGCCUGUCCUGGAAAUAGAGACUCAAAACAAACACACUUUCUAUAGAAGUUUUGGGUUCUCAAUGUAUUUUCCUCAUGUCUGUGUAUUUGCUGCUCAGGGGUAUUUUUCCCUUGAAUACACCCAAAGAUUUUUGGAGAGAAAUGUUGCUGUACUGCAAACCCUCUGGGAUUCCCUCAUUUUCCUGGUGGCUUUCAAGGUGCUUAUUGCUUGAAUCAGCUCUUAUGCAAACCUGUGACCUUUUCCAGAGGCAGUUGCAUGACAGAAAAUUUCCUUGAGGUGGUUUGGCUUUGUCCAGUGGUUUUGGGCUGUGAUGAGAGUCAAUGCAGUGACUGUCAAGGCCCCCAGCCCCAAUUUUGGGGCGUGCUGGCAGGUUGUGAGGUGUCACCUUGCUGUUAGAGCAGCCCAGAACUGGCUGUUUGGGUUUGGAUGGAGCUGAUUGUGGGAGCAUUUUGGUGAGUCUCAGCAGUUUGAGCUCCUUGCAGCUGAGGAUUCUCCCACUUUCCCCUCAGAAGUGAGGCUUGAACACAUCUUUGCCCCUGAAAUGUUCAAGCUCAGAAGAAACCACCUAUGGAACAUCAGUAACAGUGCUCAAGUCUGGUAUGUCACCAAGAGCAGCUCCUGACAAACCUGUUAGAUGUUUCUAGACUGCAGAACAUCAAGGUGGGCUUUCCUUCAACACUAACACCCAGCUGGAAAGGAGUUACCUGUGUUCCAUCCCUGAGUGUUCCUGUGCACAGCUGGGGCUCUCACCAGGCCAUGUGCAGGAGAGGAGCAGCCAGUUGAAUGCUGCUGUCUCUGGCACCAUACACCCAAACUUUGCAUAUCCUGGAUCCCCACAGUGAGAGCUUUCCUCAGCACAGUCAUCUGGAGCAGCAAAAAUGUGGCUUUUCUGAAGCCUUUGGGCUCUCAGUGGGUUUUGGCCUGGAAUUGCUGGGAGAUGAGCACUUGCUGAAAGCUGUAAACUCUCUUGGGUGUCAAGAAUUUCCCUCAUUGCAGAGAUUAUUGAGAUAGUUGUGGUAGCUGUUGCCAACCCUCAAGUCCCAGUUUUUGUAAGAUUCCAGGCAGGAUUGGCUGCUUGACAUUUUGAUGGUCCACCACAAACAAAAGUCACUUCUGGUUGUGAAGGGGUCCUGCAUGGAUUCUUCUCUGAGAUGGAGCAAGAGGAUUGUCAUGUGCUGAGGGAACAAGAGGAGGGUGCAGGUGCUUUGGAAUCCUCCACACUUGAAAACAGGACUGGGGAGAUGGUGAUGAAGAAGCACGUGGCUGCGUUGUUCCAUUUAUUACCCAAAAUGUUCUGUGUUUCCAUCAUUUUUUAGGAUAUUUAAUGCCCAUCAGGGCACAGAAGCUUGAGGAUAUGCUGCUGGAUAAUAAAUGGUGCUUCAAACAUUCCAGGUUCAGCUGGUUUUUAAAUGAAUUUUAGAUAAGGAUUCUGUACUGCUUUCCUUGGGAACAUCUGCAUUCCCUGGACACAGCCAAAUUUUGAGUCUCAGCAGCCAGUUGAGCUGGAAAGGAGCAAGUCAGCUUGUAAGCUGAGGUUUUUCCAGUUGUAUGGCAUGGAUGCAUUCUCUCUUAAUUCAAACAGAGUGUGCAGAAAGGUCCUGAUGCAGAUUUUUGCCUGUCUCUCACCAUCUGCAUGUGCUUUUCUGCACAUUAGCAGCUGGAAUGGGGCUGCUGUCAGGUUGGAGCCGCUCUGGAAGGGUCUGUUUCAAAUUUAGGGAUUCACAUGUAACUAUUCCAGCAGCUUUUCCUUUGGAAAGAGACUUUGAGUCCAGCUUAGUGGCUCUGAGGUUGGUAGCUUGGGGAGCUGUGCAGCUGGGAGCUACAGGAAGGAUGGAACAUCUUAAUUUCUGCCUGUUGCAUUCUCAGAAAAGCUGUCUUGUGUGCCAUAGCAUCCUCAUCCUGACAAGUCACGUUCUACCCUUAAUCCUUGCUUGUUCAGUGACACUCUGCUCUUUUCAUCCAGCACCUUUACUAUUCCCUAUGUUCCUGAGCAAGGAUUUAGCCUGGUUUUCUAUCCUGAAACUCAUCACCUUCCCACAGCAGCACAUGGAGAGCUUUUUGUUUUCAGGUUUGACCUUGGAGCUGGGAUUUUGAGGCAGGUGAUGGAUUAUUUGGCCAAACCCUUUCCAGCCUUGCCAGGAUCCUGUGUCCUGCACUGGGUCAUGCUGUUUCAACCAAACAGUAGAAGGUUUGCUGGGAAUUUAAGCAUGGCAAAAUGAGCCCUUGCCUUGAGCUGUGAAGCUGUUGUGUGAAGGCCACACAGCUUGGAGAUGACAGCCUAUGGGGUACAUGGAACAUGUUCCAUAGGUGUGCUGGAACUUUGUUUCAUCCUCUUCCAGCCCCCCCAGGUGGCUGCAGUGACAGGGAUGCUCUGGGAAAGCUCAGGUGAGCUCAGGUGCUGCAGUCGGAGCUGUGCGAGUCAAGGGGCGUUUUCAGGCAGUAAAGGCUUGUUUUGUUUUAAAGGAAUGUUCUUGAAAUAAUGGGCUCCAGUUGUUUCUUCAAUACCAGAUUUUAGGCCUUUUUUUUAAACCCAUGGGAGAUUUUCUGCUUCUCUUCUUGGCAUCUGUAUGGAAGAUGGAAUCAAAGACUCGUCCUUCUGAUGGCACAUUGCUCAGCUGGGCUGAGAGAGCAGUGCAGGGCUGGAAAUCCUCUGGCUGUGAGUGCAGCUGGAGAGCCUUUCCCCAGCAGAGACAAAUCCCUUCUUAGAAGUUGCUGUUAAAACUAAUUUGGAGGCGUUUUUAAAAUGUCAUUUCUUCAGCUACUGCAGAAAUGUGAGUUCUGCUUUUAUUUUGCCUUCCCCAGAGUCAAUGCCAGCCCAUUGAUUCAAAGAGAAGCAGUUCCAACAUCUUAACUCCUGACUGCAGGAAUUCCCAAGUAUCACUGCCAAUCCAGUUCCUCUGUUGUUGGUUUUUCUGUGUGCAGCAGCCUCCUCCUCCUCCUUCCCCCAGAUGGGUGACUGGAGGUUUUGGCUGGGUUGUGGUUGACCACAAAAGUAAUUUGGUUUUCAAAAGGAAAAUAAAUAUCUUGAAGAUGCUGGUUCAGUGCUCAGAAAGAACAAAGAGUAGAUGGGAGUGCCACAAACCCACAUGAAGUGGGAAGGGAUGAAAAACCACACCUGACUAUCAGCUGUUGGUAUUUCUUGCUUUAGGCAGCACUAACUUGAUGGUGGCACGGGCUUGUUUGUAAGGGGGCUGUGGUUUUAGCUGCUCUGUGAUGUAAACAAUCUGUAAAUCUUGCAUGGAGUUGUUUUUUAAGGCAGGAAAAGCUGCUCCAGCAAACCUGUCUUGGAAGCAGUGCUUGCUUUGAUUUAGUGUGAGCUGCUGGACAUUAGAGGGUUUCAGCCAGAGUUCCAUCCUUGGGUCUAAUGAGUGGAGUGGCUGUCUUUGUGACUCAAAGAUGUCAAAUGAUGGAGCAUUGGUGCAUUUCAUAGCAACUAGCCAACCAUCCACCUUCAAAGCAGCUUUGCCUUUGAUUUGAGCUGACAAGAAUGGUGGAGAGGGACUUUCUACAAGGGCCUGGAGUGGCAGAGCAAGUGGGAAUGUCUUCCCAGUGACAGGGCAGGGCUAGAUUGGAUAUUAGGAAAAAAUUCUUUCAUGUGAGGGUGCUAAGGCCCUGGCAUGGGUUGCCCAGAGCAGCUGUGACUGCCCCUGGAUGUAUCCAAGGCCAGGCUGGACAGAGCUUGGAGCAGCCUGGGAUAGUGGAAGGUGUCCCUGCCUAUGGCAGGAGGUUGGAACAAAAUGAACUUUAAGGUCACUCCCAACCCAAACCCAUGAUUCUGAGUUUCUGUUCCUUUUGAAUGUGGUUUAUCUCAGUCCCAGCUCCCCAUUCCAUUAACUCCCUAGGCUGUGAUGUGCAUAGGUGUUCAAGUUACCUCCCAUUCUUCCCUUGGCUUAAAUAGAUUCAGUGUUUCCCAGGCUGGGCUGUUUCUUGGCAUUCCUUGUGUCCUUCCCAGCAGCCCAGCUUCUCACUGGAGGAUCUCAUGUGCUCCAGUAGGUGGGAGCACAACUUUUUGACAUUUAUAGCUGGGAAAAGUAAACCCUUCAGUGACAAAGAGCAGAUGUAAUUGUUUGAGUCCUUUGUGGGGCUGUGGCAGAGGAGCAUUUCUGGGAUAUGAGUGUCAUGUGGAAAGAACCCUCUUGGAUUUGCUCUCAGCCAGGAUAUUUGCAGAGUGCUGUUGUGCUGCUAAGAGUCUGGCUUGAAUUGCACAUGCAGGACGAGUGUCUUUAUGAUCUAGUGGCUUCUGCAGCCAUAGCCAUCCUGGUCAUCAUUCCAGGAUACCUGGGCCAUCCACUGCUCGUUCCCCAGGUGCAGAAUGAUUCCCAGAGGGAGCUGGGAGGUUACCUUGUUGAGACAGAAAAAGUUGAUGGUCAGGAACUCAUUGCAGGAGGACAGAUUUGUGAAACUUGAGCAUUAAAUCUCAUUUAGGGAAAUUUGUGAACAUUAAACCCUAGAAUGGGCACACACAAUUUUUUCCUGUAGUGCUCUCUGACUAUGGAGGACUUGGGGAAGAUGUUAAAAAUCCUCCUGAUUGUUGCACUGUGCUUCAAGCACUGUCACAGGAGCAGAUUCCUGCUUACCUCCCUCUUGCUGAGUGUGUCAGUUUGGGGGCCAAGCAGACAGUGCUUUCUGGACUGCUGUGGUCUCACCUGUUACCAAACUUUUCACCACUAGAGGUGACAAUUUGGAUUCAAGCCACUUUUGGUAUUUCAGUUCCAGCUUUUCUGAUGGAUUUUGAGGUUGGUCUCCCCAGUAAUGUUUUCACAGCACAGCUGAAGUGGUGUGGACCUUCCUCUAGAGACCACAGGAUGACACAUGGCUGGGACACUGUUGGAUAUCAAGUGUUUUAGGGUUCUGAACUACACAAACCAUUUCCCUUGUAGUACUGCCCAUGUUGAUGCUUUCUGCCACUUCAGUGAAGCUCAUUUUGGAGAGGAGUGUUUUCCAUCCCACCCAUGGAGUGAUUUGUGCUGCUCUUCUGCUGGAUGGGCUGUGGCUCCUUUCACUUGAGAGUGAGGACCAGCUGAGAUUUAAGUCUGUGGUCUCUCUAGGCUUGCAUAGACGUGGCUUCUUGAGUGCAUCUCAGACCUCUUUUCAUCCAGGCUGCUGCAGUUUGGGUUUUCCUUAAAAGUCUGGUUUUUGUGAGUGGUGUAAUGAUGUUUGUCCUGAUCACAGUAGAUGCAUGCAGCUUUAGGUUUGAUUUUUGAUAUGAGCUUGUUUCCAAAGACAAGGUAACCUGCUCAGGUGUGGCUGCAAAGUAGUGUUUGAACAGGUCAUGCCAGGAGCAGGUUGAACCUUACUCAGGCUGGAAAACAUCCAUUGAGGCUGGAAAAGGUUCCUUCCCCAGAGGGUGCUUGAGUACCUCCACAGGCUUCCCAGAGAAUGCUCAUGGCCCUGACCCUGCAAGAGCUCCUGGACAAUUUGGGCAGCACCCUCAGACACAUGGUGGGAUUGUUGGGGUGUCUGGGCAGGGCAGGAGUUGGACUGGAUGAUCCUUGUGGGUCCCUUACAACUCCGGAUAUUCUGUGAUUUGGUGAUCUCUGUUUGGAGAACCAUCCACUACAGCUGAACUGUUUACAAAGUCAUUGGCUUUGUGGGUCUGGAGGAGGGUUGUGCUUCUCUGCCUUCUCAAGCUCUAACAAGUUCCUUCCUAUUCUUUUCAUCCAGUUAAAGAAAACCAGGAGCUCAGAGCAUCAAGAGACAGAGGUGCCCAGCUGCCAGCCUUUCUUCAGGCAGUGCUGGAGUCUUCUCUCUAGGGGUCUGGCUCAAUUAACAACAAAUCCCUGAGAAGGGUCUGGGUAUCCUCAGCGUUCUCAUAGCAGCACCCAAUGGAACAUCUUCCCAGGUUGUAGAUGUGAGCCUGCAGCACUGUGGGGUCUGUUGUCACAGCACCACACCCUGAUGGCACCUGUUGAGCCCCAGCUUUGUUCACUCUUGGCUGCUGGCAAAGUCUGUCUCACAGAGACUGACCUGUGCAAUUGGCUUUGGAGCUUCUGUAAAUAAUUCCUGUGAGGCAAGAGCUUGUUUUUUUCUGUAUUAUAUGUAAUUGUGAUUUAGAAAUUGGCAGUGGUGGCUGUGAAAUUUUGUUUGGUUCCAGCUGUCCCUAGCAAAAACCCAUGUCUGCCCUGCCUUGGCUGAUAUCCCCCACCUGUGUCUGCCAGGGUGACUUUGCUUCUUCAUUGUCCAAAGAGAGCUCUGGUUCUUACCUAAAUCAAGAUAAUAAGCUUGUCUAUAUUUACUCCCCCAACCCUUCUCCCCUCAGCAUUCCCAUCACUUUUCUUCUGUACCAAAACCAAAUCCUUCAGGAGGUCCUUGUGUGUUUGGGUAAAUCAGGAUACAACCAAGGCCUUGCUCUUUGAUGUAGAGAGCAAUUCACUGUGACAGUCGUCAUGUCCCCAGUGCUGUGUCCCCAGUGCCAUGCUCAGGCAGAUGUGCAGCCAGCUGUGGGGCUGGAGCCUUUGCAGACUGGGCUGUGGCAGCUCCUGGGCCUGACCCUGAGCUCCUGGGGGCCUGUUUGAGUGCUGGGCUCUCCUGUUCUGCAGAGGGGUAUUCCUGUUUGGGUCCUCAUGCUGGAGAUGCAUUGAUGUCAUCAGCUGCUUCCUGCAGUGGUGUGUGGCUCUCCCAAGAGUUUGAGGUGCUGCUCCUCUCAUUCUAUUUUUGAUAAACCACAGAAAUGGGGCUUGUUGAGGCAAUACCCCAUGUAAGUCUUGUGUUCUCCUGCCUUGCACAUAGCUUUUAACCUGAAAGUUCAUGUGCUGAAGCUGUUGCAUAGAUUUGUUACCUUCUGCUCCCAGGAACUUAAAAAUAGAGACUUCAAGACCUUUCACUGUCCCCUACAACAACUGCAUGCUUCAAAAGCUGUUUCUUUUGUCCCAGUGUAGUUUCAUCUUGUGAUUCCUGUAAGUAUCCUGGCAUGAUGAGAGAGGGAGCUGUUGGGCACUGCUGUUCUUAAUUCAGGAUAUAAAGCUGAGAGCUCCUCUCCAUUAAGUAAAAGAGCAUCUUUGAAGCUGAGUGUUGUGCUAAGUGCUACUCUGGGACAUCAGGACCCCUUUAGGCUGCUAUCAAUGAAUCAACAUAGAUGAAUGUGGACACAGCCACAGGCCACCAAACUGCUCUGCAGAGCCCAUAGCUUCUCCCUGAGUAAGAGCAUGUCUCAGAUCAGGGAUUUGGAGUUGUUGGACGACCUCAGGUUAUAUAUAAAAAGCUUGCUGUGGUCUGGUUCUCCCUCAUCUUAUUUUUUGCUGGAAGGAGGACCAUGUCUGCAGCCUUCCUAAAGGUUUUUCUCAUCCUCAUCCUGCAGUUCCUGCAGAGCUCCAGGUUCUUCGGUGGCUUCACUUGUAGAGAUGAGGACUCGUGAGUUAGAAAUGGCAGUGUUGCAGAACAAUAAGCAAAAGCCUCGGUCUCUUCCAGUCUGAGCAGUCACUGGGCAGUGAUCAGGUCUGUUUUCAGUUACUUGUCCUAAAUUUCCUGCUUUCUGUAUCUGUAUCAAUAUGUGUAUGUGCACUUCAGGAACCACGGAGCAGGAGUUGAGCUGGACACCGGGAGGAGUAGAGGAGGUCUUACCAGGCUCUCUGAAGAAAAGAAGCCUGUGGACUUAAAAGAAACAAGGCUGACUCGUGGUAUUUGGAGGGAACAUCAGGUGAAGUUGUAGGGACUGCCUGUUGGAGACACUGGGGAGAGCCUCCAAGAAGAAAGAGCUGGCAAGAAUCUUGAUUCUCCAGCACACAAGACCAAGGAGCCACCAGCUGCUUAGCCACAGGCCUGUUGGUGCUUUGGAAAGCCCUAUAUUUGAGAUUAUCUCCCUCAAAUUUUAGGUUGUCUGCUUCCAGAAGUGGAGGUAACACAGCCAGGUGAGCAUCUGGGCACUACCCCCAAAAGUAUCUUGACCUUUAAGAGUAAUGAGCAGUCACACUAUUGCUCAUUUAUUUUCAUCCCCCUUCCUGUGUUGCUCCCUUUAAUAUUUCUACUAGUCCACAUUGACUUAAUGCUAAAUUAUUUUGAUAGUAAAUUAUGCCAGAUUGCAGCCUGACUGAAAUAAUUAAUUACUACUAGGUUAAAACCUAGUGUGGGAUCCUCCAUAACCCCAUUGAUGGGGAGAGAUGUUUGAAGCACACACUGAAAAUAGGGUGUGAAAAUAGUGGCUAAGGGUGUCUGGCAUUCCCAGAGGGCUUGGCCAAGUGUAGGGAUGCUUUGGAAACAGUUUGUUUUGCUUGAAGGCUGCUAAUAAAUUCAGCUGGAGGCUCUAAAUCCAUGUUUAACUCCUAUGGAUAAGCUGGGGCAGAUACAAGAACUGGGGUUUGGGAAAUACAUUUUAAAAAAAUCUGACUUGGGUGGAUUUUAGUAAGAAUCUGGGAGUGAAAUGACUUUGCCCUUAUUUGUCAGUGAAAUUUGAGCUGAAAGGAGAGAAAUUGGAGUGAGAAAGCUGAAUUUAACAACCAACUGUAUCUAUACCCCAGCCUGAGGAAACUCUCUUUGCACCAGUGAAUACCAACAGGUUUCUAGGCUGGGUUUUGGUUCUAGGUUGCCACAGCAGGUUGUUUUCCACUCUGCUCACAGAAAAUUAAAAUCUUCUGGUGUCCAUCCAAAGAGGAUCUGCCUGUUGAUCCUGAGGUAGUUAUGGCAAAAGUGGGAAGAGUUCCACCUUAAACUGUGGACUAACUCAUGCCUGUUGCUGCCUGUGUGUUUAUUUGGGUUAUUUUUUUAUUUUGUGUUAUUUUCGUGUGUUUUUGUUUAAAACAGCAGGGUAAUACUGACUUGCUGCUUAGCGGUUUUGCUUCUGCCCCCAGGGCUCUGAAUCUCAGGAGGAAACUGGUUAGAAAUGUAUCCCUUUGCUGCUGAUGCUGUUAAACCAGUGUAUGAGGAGCAUUAGCAGCUUCACAAGAGACAGAGUGAGUUAGUAAGGAAUGCAAAAAUAUACCCUCCGCAGGUGCUACAGCCGCGUGAAGGAGCACGGCGUUGGCAAGAGGAAAAGCAGCUACACGUUUGAACAGCUGGAGCAGGUGUUUGGGCAGGGAGGAUGGGACUCCCAGCCCUGCCAGCCCGUGCUCAUCAACAGCAGUGGCUUGUACCAGGAGCUGGAGUCAGAUGGCAGCACCAUGGAGGAAUACUCUCAGGAGGACUGGGGAAACCACAGUCAGGAUCUUCACUGCUACCAGACUGGCGAGCAGGAGUUGGAUGAAAUGCCUACCACGAAAAGAACAUUAAAGAUAAAACAGGAAUCUUCAGAAGACACACAGAAGCGUGACGUCAUGCAGAACAUUAUGCAAAUCUUGGAGUCGGUCCAGUUGAAGUGGGAGCUGUUUCAGAGCUGGACGGACUUCUCCAGGCUCCACCUUUCUAACAAACUGGCCAUUUUUGGCAUUGGGUACAACACCCGCUGGAAGGAGGAUAUCCGUUACCACUACGCAGAGAUCAGCUCCCAGGUGCCCCUCGGCAAGCGGCUCCGGGAAUAUUUCAACUCGGAGAAACCGGAGGGUCGGGUGAUCAUGACCCGAGUACAGAAAAUGAACUGGAAAAAUGUUUAUUACAAAUUCCUGGAGAUCACCAUCAGCGAAGCCAGAUGCUUGGAGCUGCACAUGGAGAUCGACUGGAUUCCCAUCGCUCACUCCAAACCCACUGGAGGGAACGUGGUGCAGUAUUUAUUACCAGGAGGGAUCCCCAAAAGCCCUGGCCUGUACGCCAUUGGAUAUGAGGAGUGCCACGAGAAACUCCCCUCCCCUCUGGCCGAGCACCGGGCACCCGACCCCGGCACUGAGACUCCAGGGGAGCUCGAGGUCCCCUCGCCACAGGCCUCCCUUCGGGUGGAUAUGGAAUCUGCCCGGAUUAUCUACUGUUACCUCGGCAUCGCCGAGGUCCGGACUCUCCAGCAGUGCCUGUUUUUACACUUCCAGGCAAACACCAAAACCUUCAGCAAAGAUUGGGUCGGGAUCAACGCCUUUUUAUCUCAGAACUGCGUCGUAGAGCCCGGUGUCUCACCCAAAUCCAUCUACAUCAAAUUUGUGGAAGUGGAGAGGGAUUUUCUGUCUGCCGGCUCUUUGGUAGAGUGCCUGGAAAAAGCCAUCGGGUACCCCUUAAAAUUUAACAACUGAGUCUCGUCCUUCAUAAGGAUCAGGCCUUUGAGCCCCAUUUUCCAUCUCACUGGGAUCCUGUCCGUUCACAUCCGGGCACGCUGGACUUUUCCGCCUGGAAGCGCGUUUUGGGGUGCGCGGAGGCCGCCGGGGCGCUCCCCAGGCGCCGCGCCCGGCUCUGGCCGGUUCCCCAGGGAGCGGCAGGAGGAGCGCCCGGCCCGCCAGACGACUCUCGGUACAUUCCACACGGGACAGGCUCGUCCACACGGCGUUUUCAUACAGAAACUGAGGGUUUGGUCUUUCUUUUAUUCCACGGUGUCUCAUUUGGAUGCAUCCGUCUCUGAGUGUUGCUGUGGAUCUGACUCAAUAAGCAAUAGAUAACGGCGAGGGAAACCCCAACGCCCGGCCCGGGGACUGUUUUUCAAAGCCACCCUUAGAUAUCUUGUAUAUAAUUUAGAACUUCACUUUUUUCACCAUCGAGUGUUCUCCUCUCUCCAAACAGUGUUGCCUGCAAAGACUUUGGGUUCUGUGACGUAUUCCACAUCCUUAGUAGCGUUGCCAUAUCUGCUUUUAUUUUAUUUUAUUUUUUUAACAUUAAAAUAAUUCCUGGCCUUUUUA